UUCUCCAACAUACCUGAUCAUUCGGUGGUCUGUGGACAGCACCAUGUGUAUUUCUUUGAAAGAGAUAGCAUCUACAGAACUGACAAGAGACUGAGUGAGCCGGACCCAGAGCAGGUGCUAAAUCUAGGACACGUCUCUAGAGGGAAUGAGAAGGCAGGACUUGAGAAUGAAGCGAGGAAGCAGAUCUUUCAAUGGACCAUCCAGAGAAUACGCCUGUCCCCACAGGAAAAGCAUUUUGCUGCCAUGCUAAAAACUAAUCACAGAGAAGAGCUGAGGUGUGUGGUUGUGAAACUUGAAAGACGAAAUUCCUCUCCUUUGGAUCCCUCCCCCAUCAUACUCACACUAGACAACGUCUUCAGCUUUGAGUGGGCCUCGGAUGAUGUCCUGUUUUACACAACUCUGGAAGGUCAACGCUGCAGCAGAGUAUUUCAUCUGGACCUGACCUCCACUGAUGCCAGGAUACGCUUGGUGUAUGAGGAAACACGGCCUGAUGUGUUUGUGGAGGUUGCCCUUUCCAGAGACCGACAGAUACUGAGCAUCAACUGCAGUAGCAGGACCAGUUCAGAGGUGCUGCUAAUUGACACAACAACAUCCAGUUUAGAGCCUUUCCUGGUUCAGCCACGCCAGCCGGACCUCCUGUACCAUGUGGAGCACUGGAGAAGGUGGCUGAUUAUACUGGCUAAUACAGGGCCUGGACAGGAAUAUCAGGUGGUGCAGGCCCCGCUCUCAGAGCCUUCCAUAGUCUCCUGGAUCUCAUUGUUUGGCCCUGGCCCUGGCACUGCAGUCAAAGACAUGGAUGUGGUCGGGGAUCACUGUGUCUUGGUUGCAAGACUGCCAACCAGCGAACUUGCCCUAAUCGUGGUCCCGUUGACCCAUCCUGAGGAAGCAUACACUGUACAGCUCCCCUCGUGGGUAUGUGCCAUCGAAACCAAGAAACCAGGCUUGGCAGACCAACACGAUGUGUUAGAAUUCCUGAUCUCGUCUCCAGUCCACCCACCUGUGCCCUGCUGUCUGUACCCUGAGGAUAAGCUGCUUUUAGCAGGCUCUGGAAAUGUGUCCUUCACAGAGAACCUGGGCAAUUAUACCAUCACACGCUUAGAUGCCUGCAGCCAAGAUGGUACCUUGGUGCCACUUACACUGUUUCAUGCAGUACCUGUGGAGGGUUUGAGUUCUGCGCCACUGCUGGUCCAUGUCUACGGAGCUUAUGGCAGAGAUCUCAAUAUGGAAUUCUGCCCAGAGAAAAGGCUGCUGCUGGAGCAGGGAUGGGCUCUGGUCUACUGUCACAUCAGAGGUGGAGGGGAGCGGGGUCUGUCCUGGCAAAGACAAGCUCGUGUGGAGGGGAAGCAGAAAGGAGUGGAGGACCUUCAAGCCUGUCUCCAGCACCUCUUCUCCAUAGGAGUCUCCUCUCCUUCACUCACUGCCCUUACAGCCUGCAGUGCUGGGGCUGUGCCAGUGGGAGCAAUGUGCAACAGACACCCACACAUGAUGCGGGCUAUCACACUGCAGGCUCCUUUCUUGGAUGUGCUAGGAACAAUGGAGGAUCCCAGCCUGCCUCUAACUUUGGAGGAUAGAGAGGAAUGGGGGGACCCUGUAGGGAACCCAAAACACAGACUUACCAUCACCUCCUACUGCCCUCUUCAUAACAUUACUCCUCAGCGCUACCCGUCGAUGCUGCUGACAGCCUACAGUGGUGAUGCCAGGGUUCCUCUAGCAGGUGUUCUCAGAUACACUGAACAGCUAAAGAAGGCCAUUCAUACACACUUCACUGUUAAUCCAAAGACAGAAUGUGAACCUGCUCCAAACAUAGUUCUAAAUAUCCAACCUGGAGCAAACCACUCUGGACCAGAGGACUUUGAGCUGAUGCUGGAUGAGGAAUCCCUUAAACUAGCAUUUCUAUACACAGAGCUGGGCCUGGACCCUCCUCGGCCUCCGCGCAAGCGAAAGAGAUAGCGAGGCUAUCGGGAGGCAGUUGGACAUUAAGCUACCAAAAUCCAACCACGACCACUAUAAUGACACAAUUCCAGUAGAAGAGAAGACGACAACAAUGAAUGUAACUGCAAUGGGCCUCUUUAUUAUGACAAAUCUCUUACAGAGGAAACACCAGAUCUUGAUUUAAUUGCUGCUGUGAAACUAAUCACUGAAUACGGCUGUCUGUUU